AUGAGAUGUAAUCCAAUAUUACAUUAUACAUACAACGAUGUCUGGAAAUUUUUAAGACAUUUUCAAAUUAAUUAUUGUACAAUGUACGAUCAAGGUUUUACAUCAUUGGGUGAUAAAGAUCUGACAAUUAAAAAUAUUAAAUUAAAAUAUCAAACAGAAAAUGGAUUAGAACAAUAUAAACCAGCCUAUAUGCUUGAUGAUGAAGUGAGUAAAGGAGAUGGAAGAAUUAAUCGUUUCAAUCCUCUUUAA